UCACACACACAGAUGGAGCCGACUCCCGACCUGGGGCUUGGGGACUCAUCCCUGCACCGCUACCUGGACGGAGAAUUCUGGAGCUUCAAGAACAAGCUGCGCAGAGCCCUGGGGAGCUCUUCUCUCUUCCAGCCCAGGUAUGAUUUAAGUUUGGAUGAAAUGAGAGCUUUGACAAAUCAGCGAGUGAAGUUUGUCCUGAGUCUCCCUCUGUUAAAGCAUGUAAUCCAGGAGCAGGAAGAAAAAAGGAAGAACUUCAUCAGCCGAAGCCUUGCCCUGGGAGAAGUGCUCUGCAUGGUGGAUGUGGCCACAUGUGUGAAGUGUGGAAUCAUUUACUUGUUAUUUGGCGGUGCCAUCAACAAUCUUGGAAGUCCGGAACAUGUUACCAAGUGGUUUCAGCAACUCAAGGAGCAGACGUCUACUGGGAUGUUCGCAAUGACAGAGAAGGGUCACGGGAGCAACGUGAGAGGGAUCCAGACCGAGGCCACCUUUGACCUUGACAAUCAGGAGUUCGUGAUUGACACGCCGUGUGAAGACGCCCAGAAGAUGUACAUUGGCAACGCCAUGACCGGGAACUAUGCUGCCGUCUUUGCCCAACUCAUCAUUGAGGGACGGUCUCAAGGGCCCCACUGUUUCAUCGUUCCUAUCAGGGAUGAAAAUGGAAACUUGUACCCAGGAGUGACAGCCAUUGAUAUGAUGCAUAAAGAAGGACUGAACGGUGUGGAUAAUGGAAUUUUGAUAUUUGACAAGGUUCGGAUCCCAAGAGAGAACCUGCUGGAUAAGUUUGGUUCUGUGGCCCCAGACGGACGGUACCAUUCACCCAUUCAAAGCAAGAGUGCAAGAUUCAACGCAAUGCUGGCAACACUGACCCCUUCAAGAUUAGCAGUGGCGUUCAAAGCCAUGGGCAGCAUGAAGCUUGGACUGACAAUAGCCAUCCGCUAUAGCCACAGCCGAAGGCAGUUUGGGCCCAAGGGCAAAGAGGAGGUGAAGAUUGUCGAGCACCAGAUGCAGGCACUCAGGCUGAUGUCUCACCUGGCCACUGCAUUGGCCUUGACCUUCACCAGCAGGCAUGCGGCCUUUGUCCUGGAUGAAGACAUCUUCCAGGGGAGGGAUCUCAUCAACAGGCGCUCACUACAGGCCCUAAUGGCUGGGCUGAAAGCCUACAGUACCUGGGAGACCAUCAGCUGCCUCCAGGACUGUCGUGAAUGCACCGGAGGCAUGGGUUACAUGAUGGAAAACCGGAUCUCGGGCCUGAAAUGUGACACCGACGUGUUUGUGACCUUUGAAGGUGAUAAUGUAGUCAUGCUUCAGGUUGUGGCCCGGGAACUGCUGGCCCAGUACAGCAAGCAGCAUAAGAAGAACCCAGUCUUGGGGCUGAUCCAGAACUGGACUGCAACUGCUGGCGACAAGCUGAGAACCAGUUUCCUGGCAUUUAACACUGACACAGUGGGCCAUCUUGCCUUUUUGCUGAAAGCAUUGAGUUUUCGAGAAAGGGUUCUUCAGCGGAGUUUGGUGUCCAGAAUUUACAAUAAGGUGGUAACCAAGCAGGAGGAGUUCUUCAGCGCCUGGAACUCCUGUAUGCACCAUGUCACCUCACUGUCCCUGGCACACAUUCACAGAGUUGUACUAGAGCAGUUCUCGCUGGCAGUGAGGCGCUGUCCCGACAAGGAGGACCAGGCUUUGCUAAUGAAGUUCUGUCUGCUCUAUGGGACGAAGCUGGUGUUCCAGGAGCGGGGCUGGUACUUAGAGCAUAAGUACCUGACUCCCACAGCCAGCAUGCGGAUCAGGGCUCAGUUGCUGGAUUUGUGCGAGUCCGUGAGGGAUGACGCCCUGAAGGUGAUCUCUGCUUUCAACAUUCCACACACCAUCCUCCAUGCACCAAUCGCCGGAGUCCCCAACCCCCGGGCUGCCUGGGCCUUCUACCCGGCGCCUGUGCCAACGCUGGCGCGGGAAGGAGCGCGCUCCCAGCUGUCCAAGCUGUGAGCCAGGCUAUUGCCGGCGUGUCGAGAAAUGUAGUGGCCGGUCUGCAGCUUGCCUUUCGAGUUCUCUUCAAAUAGCUCCCAGAGCUGGAGCAGGGGCUAAAGUGGCAGGUGCAGGACCGCCACCCUUGGGGUUUUGGUCACGCAGAGGAGGAGGUCUGGCUAAGGCUGGCAAGGUUCAGGACAGGUUAUCGGAGGGAAGGAAACUAGGUGGAUGCCCGGAGAGUACUGUAGUUUAUCCUGGUCUGGUAACCUCUCCUGGCCCUUGCCUUGACCUCUUCCAGCCGCAGCAGCACUAGAUCCCCAGACAAUCAGGUGGUCUUGCCCAGAGCCUGGUGCCACCAAAGAUCUCUGCUGUCAUCAGUGACUCAGAUUCCCAGUGACUUCGAAAAACUCUGAUGCUGGGUGAAAAAAAAAAAUCAAAACAUGAAAAUCAAACACCCUCAGGCAAAAGGGUGGGAGGAAAGCUCCACCCACUCCAAGCGCGGGCAAAAGUUCAGCAAGGGAUGAUUAGUGAAUCAGACUUGCUCCAGCUCUGCUAGAAAACCGGCUGGCGAGAGAGGGGGAGCAUGACCCUGGAGUCGAGCUGGUCCCACCAGGUAGGCGAUCUCCGGACCGCAGGGCGACGCACGCGCGCGCGACAAACGUUUCACCGCGCUAAACUGUAAUCCGCCCUUAAAAAAAAAAAGCGUAGAUGCAAAGUUUAAUAAAUUAAGCGAUAGAAAAGUGCUCCCGCGGCUUGGAGGGGUAGGGGAGGUGGGCCUGGGGAACAGCUGCAAUAAACUGGUUUUGGAAUUUGGAGAGACUACACAGGCGGAAAUGAAUUUCUCAUUUAUGUCCUGACUUUGGCGUUGCCCAGUUUCAUUCUCAAAUCUAGCCAUCGCCUUGCUUUCCUCUCUCCACAUCCGGUUGCCAGCCUCAGGAAGGCACGGGUGACCCACUGGCCUUCCCAUGCUGUUCUUCUCUGCUGUCAGAUUGAUCCCAGGAGUUCUCCUGGCGCUGCGGUAGAAGGUUGCAAGGGCCCAGGGGCCCGUGACCACCUGUCGUGAGGCACUUGGUGGAAGCUCCCUAAACUGCCUUGAUCGCUGGUGAUGCAAGAGCCUCCGCUUCAAGGCCGGCUUCCUAAUUAAGCCCUAAAUAAGAGCACCAUAGCUCAGCCCUUUGCUUUCCCCAGGGCCUGAAUGUUUUCUUUUAGCAUGCCCAGAGUUGCAAAAUCGGAAGACUCCGGGCAGCCUGCUCUUACAAAGAAACAGUGGCGAUAAGAUUUUUUUUUCUCGUGUAGUUCUUUUCUAGUCGGGUUCUGAGGUGCCUGGCUCCCGGCUGAGAGCGCGGAGCAGGCAGACUUGGUAUUGGCUGGGGGCUUUCGGAGCAGCAGCAGACCGGGUUACAUGGGUGGGAUGCCGAGUGGCCAAGGCACAGUACUAGCUCGCAGCCUUGGUCAGGAUAGACCUGCAUCUGCCGCCUACUUGGCGGCAUCCACACCAAUGCCCUGUGCGCUCUUGUAGCGAACACCCCUCACCCACAGAAGUGACACGGCUUUGUCACGAGCCCUCCAGCUCCUCUGAGAACCAGUGGCUUCUUUGAUCUCCCUCAGGAUUUAUCUGAGAACCAAGACUUUAACCUAGGGCUGUGCUGUGUCACGCUGACGUUAGAACCGCUUAUAAACACCGAAAUGACCAAGAUGGUCCGACAUUGGGACGACAGGUCGAGUCACUUGUUCAUCAAAGAGUCACUUCCUUCUCUCUGCCAGCCUGGAUGCGGGCUGGGUAGCCCUUAAAUCGAGUUUCCUUAAUCUUCACACGUAGGAUACCGGAUGCUCCAUUUCCAGACCAACUUCACCCGGCCGCCGCGGUGAGAGAGAGAAGGGGUAGGGUGUGUUGCCUCAUUGACUUCGAGACUUCGAUGUGGGAGGGGGGGGAUACGAAGGCCUCAGGAGAUUUUUCGACCCUCCCCCGCCCCGCCCCCAUGGCUUUACCAGCGCGAUCUGAACUCCGCUGCUCCGCGGUCACCAGCUUCGGACAGACAGUUCCUGGCGGUACUCUGUGAACCCAAAAAAUUUCGAGGCUCCCAACAGAACGCAUGGCACAACCGUCUUUCCUCGGUAGCCCCCCUUUUUUCCUUAUUACUCUUUUUUAGUUACUUUCUCAUUCCCCUAUUUUAUUUGCUUGCCGUGCGCACCCAUUGCGACCCGAAGCUAGGAUCGUCCCUUGCCUUUUUCUCAACUGUACUUCCCACCACCAGCUCUGCUUCUUAAGUAGCUGGGCAUUGGGGAAAAUAACCACACACACACACACACACACACACACACACACACACACACACACACACCAGGUAGAUCCUAAAUGGCGACAGAAGGCAGUGGCGUUAAAGAGUCCCGCAUGAGGCACAGCCGAGGAGGGGUGAAUAUCUUGCUGAUCUGGGUUCCCUGGAGGCCAUGAAUUCUUGGAGAUGACAGUCAAAGGCCAAUGCACCAACCGAUGGUUUGGGGCUAAGAAGCUCCGCAAAGCAAGGUCGCAGGGACGCCUCCUGCGACUUCCCACUGGUGCCCGCGGCCAAGCUGGACACAGAGCAGUGUGCCCUGAGCGCCCCCUAAGUUCCGCUCUGCGAGGUGGCCGCUACAGGCGGACAGGGAGGGGCAGGGAGGGGCGGGUACAUUCAGGGUGGAGGAUGGGCUUGCAUGCAGCUGCCCGCGGGCCAAGUCACUAGGGUAAACACGCUAGGGUAGGCGGAGCGCGCGCGCUGCAGGCAAGCUGCGGGGUUACCCUCGCCAGUACCUGUCGCAGCCUGCACGCGCCAGCGGCCUAAGGGCCGCGGGGGGGUGGGGUUUGCUUUCCGGUUCGCGGAGGGCCGGACCGAGCGGGGGCGGAGCCCGCGGUGAUUGGGCACGGGAGCGGGGGCCCCGUAAGAGCCGAGUCGCUGGGCCAGGCUGGUUUCACUUCGCUCCCCGCAGGCACUGGGUCACCAGCUGUUUGGAGCUCUGCGGUCCUUGCCGCCUUCGCCGUCACCGGAUUCCUGCAGCCGCUCUGCGAACUGUGCCCCACUUGCAUCUGCACAACCUCUGCUGCUCCCCGCCGCCACCUCCUCGGCGCCCUUCCCCGGCCCUCGUCCCCCCAAUGUCUGACUCUGAUUCUCGGACUGAGAAACGCAA